GGAGCUACACACUAUGAGUGAUACUGAUGGAUAUGACUUUAUUCUCGAAGAGGAACCUCAUGUUACGGCGGAGGAACAUAGUAGCAGUGGGCGCAGAACUAGCGACGGGAAAAAAAUAGUUGAUUUUGAUAAAAAUGGUCAGCCAAUUGGUGCGUGGGCGGAGAAGUUCAAAUCUUUUGUGGGCAAGAUAGCACGUGCUCGGGUAAACAUCAACAUUGAAAGUUGGAAACAAGUCCCCGAAUCCCUAAAAUUGCAGAUGUGGAAAGAGAUCCAGGAUGAGUAUUUUGUUGAUGACACCAUGUACAAGUUGACCAUAAAAAUGAUGGGAAAGUUACAUCGGGACUUUAGAAACCGAUUGAGGACUGACUUUUUUUAUAAGACACGACCAGUUGGACAGGAUAGUGGUGAAGCUUAUGUGAAGUAUAAAGGCAUUUUGACACAAGAUGUGUGGG